GGAAGCCAUUACGCAGCUGGCUGGCAGCGGCUGGGCCGGUCGGCGCUUGGCCCUACGCACUUUGCGUAGCGAGGAGGGUUACCAAAGGCCUGGUGCUUGGCCAUUGGCAAGCCCGGCCUAACCCCUGUAGGGGGGUGGAUGAGGCUUGAGGCUGAGGAAGUAGAGAAGGGGAAUUGGGGCGGUUGAGGGAAUUAUAAUUUCUUUAAAAAGAGGGGUAAGGAGAAGCCAUGGCUGUCCCAGCCAAGAAGAGGAAGAUGAACUUCUCUGAGCGAGAGGUGGAGAUCAUCGUGGAGGAGCUGGAACUGAAGAAGCACCUGCUGGUGAACCACUUCAAUGCCGGAGUCCCUUUAGCUGCCAAGAGCGCGGCCUGGCAUGGCAUCUUGAGAAGGGUAAACGCUGUGGCCACCUGCCGCAGGGAGCUGCCUGAGGUCAAGAAGAAGUGGUCCGACCUCAAGACCGAGGUCCGUCGCAAGGUUGCCCAAGUCCGGGCAGCUGUGGAGGGUGGCGAGGCCCCAGGGCCCACUGAGGAAGAUGGAGCUGGUGGGCCAGGGUCAGGUGGUAACAGUGGUGGCGGUGGCACAGCUGUAGCCCCCGUACUGCUCACCCCCAUGCAACAGCGCAUCUGCAACCUGCUGGGCGAGGCCACCAUCAUCAGCCUGCCCAGUACCACAGAGAUCCACCCGGUGGCCCUCGGACCCACAGCCACUGCAACUGCAGCCACAGUUACCCUGACACAGAUCCCCACAGAAACCACCUAUCACACACUUGAGGAAGGAGUGGUCGAGUACUGCACAGCUGAGGGCCCCCCGCCCCUGGCAGCCGAGGCCCCCGUGGAGAUGAUGGCCCAGCACGCUGACCCCUCAGUAAAGCCACAGGCGCUCAAGAGUCGAAUCGCUCUCAACUCGGCCAAGCUGAUCCAGGAGCAGCGGGUCACCAAUCUGCAUGUGAAGGAGAUUGCCCAGCACCUGGAGCAGCAGAACGACCUGCUGCAAAUGAUCCGCCGCUCCCAGGAGGUGCAGGCCUGUGCCCAGGAGCGCCAGGCUCAGGCCAUGGAGGGCACCCAGGCAGCCCUGAGCGUCCUCAUCCAGGUCCUCCGGCCCAUGAUCAAAGAUUUCCGCCGCUACCUGCAGAGCAACAUGCCUAACCCUGCCCCCACCUCUGACCCUGGACAGGUAGCCCAGAAUGGGCAGCCAGACAGCAUCAUCCAGUGAGGGUAGGGGUCGAGCCAGCCUUCUGCUGUGAUUGGAUGACACUGCGGUGGUCUUAAUGAAAUCGAUUGAAUCGAUUACCGAGACCCUUGCAUCUUCCCAGGUCGUUUCCCACCUUUGCCAUCUUGCUGCCAUUUGCCAUCUUGGUGCCGGUGCCUUGACCACACAUGACUGAUGGUUACAACUCAAGGCUCCAGAUCUCAGCCAAACGAUGAAGGUGCUGCCCUUCUGGGCACAUAUGUUCAGAACUGCUCAGCUCCUCUGUUGCAGUCACAGGAAGGUGCCCCAAAGAUGGUUGGGAAGUGACUGCCAUGCCACCAACCUCUCUGUGGAGGACAUGUGCAGGGCCAGCUGCAGAGCAAUGGAGAGGACUCAAGCCUGUGAGGGAGCUGGGUGGCGGGAGGAAAACUAUUCUCAGUGUGGCUAGAAAGCAGCAGCCCCUGGCAGCCCGGGUACCCUCCCGCAGUGGAGCCUGAUGGCCCCAGUAGGGUAGCUGCAGGGACUUCCUGAGGAUUCUCGAUUUGGUUCGGUUUUUCUCUAGGGUUGGUAAUCUGAGCCAAUAUUGUGUCUGUUCCAAUUGGGUUCAAAGAGGACUCCUGGAUACUUAAACUGACUGGUUCUUUCCAGGUCACAAUUUUAAAUUAAAGAAAUAUCACUUUUUUA